AUGAUCAUAACGGAUAUAUUCGACUACGUCCCAUCAAGCUGUGCAGGAUCAACUCUUCAGAUCAGCUACGAUGAAGAUAUUUUGGAUAUCACGUACAACGAGGCGUUCAGGCUAUUUGAGAUCGUCCAAAAUCAGGAGGUCAGCGAGGCAGGAAUUUCCUCAAUCGGAUACCCGGCCUGGUCCUCAUAUCCCUCACGGGGUCAUGAAGACUUAGGAUACAUGGAUACGAUAUAUCCAGGAGACGAACCGGAUUGCCUGCGAUAUUCUGUUUGGUCUUGCACACAUAUCCAUCAAGUGGAUAUCAGAAGUAAUGAUCAAGAUACAGAAAAAGGCGGUAAUUUUAAUUUUGAUAUGCCAAAAAGCUUACAGGAAGCUGUUCGGAUCAUCUCGCUCAGUAAAGAUAGAAUAUUGAAGACGGGCGCUGCGUUGGGAUCAAAGUCGAGCAUACAGGCUGAUCGAGCUGGCGCUGGUAGCAUUCAGAAUGUGAGCUAUGGUCUAACCAGUACUAACACGACCGUGGAAUGCCUUUUGAACAAUUUCAUGCAAGAAGUAGGGGCUCAGUAUAUGAGAUAUUUGAGUCAUACAUUACGGCUGUGCAAGCUGGCCUAUAACCAGGAGGAAAUACAAAUAGAAGCAGAGUUUUUAACUCUUCUUUCAGGACACUUUUACAAGAAACAAGCCUGGCAAGACAUAGAGGUGGUAGCGAAAGAGGCGUUUGAGCUGAGAAUUGACGUGCUGGGGGAUACAUUGUGGAGCAUGGGAAACCUUGCCUCGUCAUUCUAUGGAAAAACACGAUACGGAGAAGCUGAGGAGAUUUUCGAUCGUCAACUUAAGCUGCGAGGCGCCGUCCUAGGGUCGGAACACGCUCAUAUCGUGUGGAGCAUGAGUUCUCUUAUGGCCACAUACGGCAUGCGCGGCCCCUACAUUGAGGCUGAGAAUAUCUUUUUGUCAAUGAUAAGUUUCCAGCGGCGGACGCUCAUCGAAAGGCACCCAGACACAAUAAUCAGCUUUUGUAACUUAGCAGCGACCUGUCACAGCCAAGGGCAUUACGAUGAGGCUGAGACAUUAUUAACCUCAGCCUCGGCGCUCAGCACAACAAAAUACAUUCGUUGA